AAGCUACAUCGGACACUAGAUCCAAAGCAUAUCCCUGCCAUAUAUAGUACGUGCCGCCUAGCUGACUUUCCUCGCUUCCCUCCCGGCUGCCAGGCGACCGUCUUGCUAUGUCCCUUCAAGCUUCAUCCGGCAUCAUUGCUGAUAAUUGAUUUUGCUCUCUGGGUUCCUCGUUUCAGGGACAUUUAAGACUGAAGAGUCUGGAGGUUCGCCAUGGGUGCAACGGAGACCACGGACCUGGAAUCCAAGGAGGCAGUAUUGCAGCAGAAGUACAUCGAACUCCUUGAGAAGCGCAUUGCUCAACUAGAGGUGGCCGUGAAAGGCGGAGCUGAGAAGAAGGACUCGGACACCGACGAGAAGAAGGCAGAUGCCGAUAAAGACAAGAAAGAAAAUGGAGGCAAUGAGGACAGCAACAGCAGAUAUCGCAACAUAUUGCGAAAGUGGGACAAAACAACGGGCGCCUACAUUGAUGAAGCCGUCGGCGAGAACUUCUUCGUCAAGCAGCAGUCCAAGAAUGUCGCCUACACGUUCCGUCGCGUAUACAACCCUGAAACAGGCGACAAGGGUGCAUACAGUGAGCUCGACAUAGAAGACCCGGGUCUCCGAGGGCUGCUGGCCUCAGAAAUCCGCAAAUAUCCCGGAGUCAAUUUUGACAGCGACAUCAUCACCAUGAGAGCACCCUUUCCAGCUCUGGUCCACAACUGGGACAAACUCAACGACAGAGCGAAUACUGAACCGGACUCGCAAGAGACAAAGGACCUCGUCAGCCUUCUCAAUCGAGUCAGGACAGCCCCAGAGCUUCAGGACUAUUUCAAAACACGCAAGUCGGAUCUUGCGGCCAAGGUAGUGACCUUCGACACACUCUGGACCGUCUUCGCCCCAGGCACCUUGGUGGUGGCCCGCCCUUUCCAGAACGUGGAGCAGAUUUUCAAGGUCGUGGAUAGUCCCAUUCCGUGGGUCGAUCUCACCUCAUACCGGCACCACCGGAUGUGGGCGUGGAGCUGGGAUUAUGACGGCAAGAAGGUCCUCAAGGUCGAGUACUGUUUAAAGUUUGAGAGAUUUAGGGGCACCAAGGCCAUCACCGACCUGCCUUAUUAUCCGCUCGAAUACCACGGAGAUGAGGAGCAGAUCAAGGAACUCCAGGACAAGUGCAGGGAACGCGCCUUCAAGUUCAUCAAAGCCACGGUCCGCGGCAAACACGGAGCGGCACAGAUGUACAGAUAUCAAGGCCCGGCAUAUGUGAGCCAGAGAAGUCUUCUCUCCAAUAAGGAAGAUGGGCAGACAGGUGACGACGACGGAGCCGAGUGGCCGCCAACCAACCAAGAUGACGACGAAGAGUCGCCGCAGCCCAAGAUGGUUGAUAUCAAAGGCGAGAUUCUCGCCGACCACGAAGCCUUCAUCCAAUACCGAAACCUUCUUCCUCUGGGAGAGCUCUUCCAGCCCGGCUCCAUCUAUGUCGAUGAACUCCAAACAAACACCGAGGACUACCUCGACUUUGCUGACCGGCUCAGCAAAGCCGACCUCUCGUCCGGCCUCGACGAGGAGGACGACAACUACCUCAUCUUCCCGCCGCGCAUCCUGGGCUACGCCACGCGCGAGAAAGUAUGGGGCCAGUUCAACCUGGACUUUGUCCGCGACCGCUCGAGCAAACAGCCCGAAAAGUUCAACGAGAGCCUGCAGCUGGACCCGCGGUACAAGCGGCUCAUCAAAGCCCUCGUACAAUCCCACGAGCUCAACGCGGCCGAGCGCGGGAAGCAGGUCGAGGACGUGGUGCAGGACAAGGGCAAGGGACUCGUCCUACUUCUGCACGGCCCUCCCGGGGUGGGCAAGACGCUGACGGCCGAGACGAUCGCGCAGGCGACGGCCAAGCCGCUUGUCAUCGUGAGCGUGGCCGAGAUUGGGCUCGACGCGUCGCGCGCCGAGCGCAACCUGGAAAAGCUGUUCAAGCUCGCGACCAAGUGGGAGGCCAUCCUGCUCGUCGACGAGGCCGAUGUGUUUCUGGAAACGCGCGGCUCAACGUCGAGUGCGUCGCGCAACGCGCUGGUCUCGGUCCUGUUGAGGGUGCUGGAGUAUUACCGCGGGAUUAUCAUCCUGACGACAAACCGCAUCAAGUCGAUCGACAUUGCCGUCAUCUCGCGCAUCCACUUGGCCAUUCGGUACGAGGAUCUGUCCGAGGACCAGAUGCGGUCCAUCUUCAAGUACUUUUUGGACCAGCUUGAGCCGGCAUGGAUCGCGAAUCGCGGCCAGAUUGAUGACUUUAUCGAGUCGUUUGGCCACCAUUAUAAUCUGAACGGGCGGCAGAUCAGGAAUGUCGUGUCGGCGGCGUUGGCGGCGGCCCGUCACGACGCGAAAGAGCCGGGGGAGAAUGGCAAGACCAAGGGGGAUGGACGCCUGACGUUUAGACAUUUGAAGGAGGUGUGCGAGAUGACGAGGGAGUUCCAGGAGCAGCUGAAGGAGAACACGCGGCAGCAGAGGUAUAAUAACGAGGUUAUGCGUCCGUGAAUACUAGUACUCACCUACAGGUCACCCAAGGACCAGUGUUGCUG